UUUCAGAUCAACUAAAAAUGAUUUAUUUGGAAGAAAGAGAACGUUUAACGGCUGCAGCUACCUUGGCAGCACAAAAAGCAGCGAGCGCUGCAGGUAUGCGUCCAGCUGCGGCACUCUACUCUGCUCAACAACGAGUAUUUGUUAAAGCAAAUAAUAGGAAUGGGUUGGGAUUAAGUGGAGGAAGAAGAAGAAAUACUAAUAAUGGACACAAUUUGCCUAGUGUGGGCGUUCCUCGGGUUCUUCCUAGAACGAAUCCUUUGGAUCAGCGGCUCCAAGAGUUGGGGCGAAUUUAUAGUGGAAGUACCAAAAGCCGAAACAAUUCUGCUAUAUCUGACGCAGCAGUUGCAGCAACAAAUACAAUAACUAGUGAAGCUUCUGCUAAUGCAGAAUUUCAAAAGAAAAAAUAUCUAAAUCGAAAUAAUCCCUCAAAAUCUCAACAGAAAUUAAGCAAUACCAAAUCUGAAGCAGAUUUGUUAGCAAGAAGUGGGAGAAGUGAAGAAAAGAAAAUUUUAGAAGGGGAAAAGCACAGAAGAUGUGAAUGUUUGAAUAAAGAAUAAAAUACCUAUUUAUUUU